AUGGACUCACUUAAUGUACUCAAAUAUAUGGAGAAAAGACAACUUGGGUAUACCGGAUUUAAAAGCAAAUUGAGUGACAUGUUUAUUGGACAAAUGGGUUAUAUACCUCAAACAUAUGAUAACACACACAAUACAAAUGUUCAUAUUGGAAAUACUUUUGCUUGUAAAUUCAGUAGGAAUAAAAACAAUUUACACGUAGUUGGUGUUUCAACUGAACACGGAGAUAUAGCUAUUCAAAAUACUAUAGGGCCUAUAGGCCAUUACAACGACCAAAAGAAGAAAGUACAUAGAUAUGGUGUACACCAAAAUGCUAUUUUUAACUUUGCAUGGGCUGAGCCACAAAUGAAAUUAAUAACGGCCUGUGGAGAUCAAACCUCAAAGUUAUGUAAUUUAACACCAGACGGGGUACUCGUAGUAGAAAGAGAUUUUGCUUAUAAUUCUUCUGUUAAAAGUGUAAUGUUUUGCCCUGGAUCUUCAGAUGUAUUUUGUGGUGGAUGUCAAGAUGGUUCAAUAAAAAUCUGGGAUGCACGUGUAAAUAAUGCUCAAAGAGCUUUGGAGUUUGAACACAAUAUACCUAACACACACGGCAUUUAUGGAGCAAUAUUAAAAAAAAAAAAAUCAAAAAAAAUGUUCGGAGUAUCUUCUGUAAUAUUUAAAACUGAUCAAACUAUUAUAUCUUGUUCUUCCAUGGACCAUGAUAUCAAAUUAUGGGAUUUACGUAAAAGUUACCGCCAAGUAAAAGGUAAUACAGAACCUCUACCACUCAUGAAAUAUUUUAAUGAAAUGAAAAUUUCACCUCUAAAUAAUGGUUAUGUAGAUAUAAUAACAAAUCCUCAAUCUACUUUAAUGUAUGCGAGUUGUAUAAAUAAUGUUAUUUACUGUUAUUCAUUGGAUUCUACAGAAACAAAGCCAAUAUGUCAAUACUCUGGACAUUUCCAUGAAACUGGAUAUUCCAAAAUUAGUAUUAGUCAUGACGGCCGUUAUCUAUUUAGUGGUUGUAUGGAAAAUAUUGGCAUUAUAUGGUUGACAGAUUUUCCAUUUAAUGAAAAUCCAAUGUUUAAAAUAGACAAAAUUGAUGAGCAAUUUCGUAAAAUAGAAUUGAGUACUUCAGACUGGUGUGCAGAUUCAACAAUUACUAAAUUGGUAACAAGUGGUGAUUCAAUGCCAAUGGUGUGGUCAAUACUUACCCAUGAACAGAAAAUAUCUGAAGAAUCUUCAAUUUGCCCAACUUCAUUGUAUAAAUCAAGAAAAUCUUCAGUAAAAAUGUGUACAGUUCCUAUCAAAUUUGACACUGAACUCAAAGAAAAAUAUAAAAAAGAAACAGAAGAAACCAUGGAAAAUUGGGAUAUCCAAAAUCAAAACUUUGUUCCAAAUGUAGAAUAUUUAAAUGUGACUCCUAAAAAACCAUGGAAUGUAAUUUUUUGUCCAAAAACAACAUCUUCAUUGUCCACUCAGAUAUCACCUAAGUUAGAAACAACAUCUACACAUUCUACGCUCGUGGUUUCUAAUCAAAUCCCUGAAGUAGUUACACCUACUUCAAGUAAAAAACGAAAAAAAAGUAUUGUAUCUCCUAAAAGUUUAAUUGACCAAUAUUUGGUGCCAAGGAGCAAACGUGAAAAAUUGGAUACUGUACAUGAAAUUUAG